AUUUUUGUUGACUCUCUCUGUGUAUCAUCUUCAACAUCACCGACGAUCUGCGUCACUACUGUAUUUUCUCAUUCAUACAUUGUUUGAGGAUGUUAUUGAGGUUAUGUGGGUGCUAAAGUGGGAUUGAUUCAAGGCUUAUGUGGUGGAUCUAGUUACUAUCUAAUGGAGAGGAGUAAACCUUUGCAUACUCAGGGUGAGGAUGAGCCUGAGCUUCUUAAGUAUAUGUCAAAGCUACCUGUUUUCUUGGAGAGAGCUGAUACUCAUACUCCUCAGGAGAAGCUCUUGAGCGUUGGUGUUCUUGACUGGGACCGCUUGCAGAAGUGGCAGCAUAGCCAUAACCGAAUGAACCCUGUGAAGGGUAAAUUCCCUUCGGUUGUUUACCAGACAGAUGCUUCAUUGGUUCCGGGUAGAGAUGAGUCGUCUGCUGGUCCGAGCAAUGUGCAUAACCGUCCAAGGAAACAUCGUAGCUCACGGCAGUCUAAUGUCAUGUCAAAUCCUGAUGAAGAGACUGUAAGGGAGAAUCGAGGUACACGGAAAAAGAAACCUAAAGACCAUAGGAGUUUCAGCAUACCAGAUGAGAAGCUAGGUCAAGUUACUGAUGCACAAGAGGGGUGUGAGAAAAAGGACCUGAAGGAGAAGAUUGGCCCAAAACCUGGAACUUUGACAAAUGGAUUGAAUCCAGGGGCUGGCGUGAACACGGAGGUAAACUCUGAGGCUGAUGGUAGUAGACGUAAGAAGAGUGAAAAGAAGUCACGUGAUAGAAACCGGAGUGAUCAUGAUCGAGAACUCGGUCGAAGCCAGCAGGGGGAAGCUAAGCUUUAUCACUCAACUAAGAAGCUAGCUCGAGAAGAGGCUGAGACCUGCAAGAGGAGUUCGAGUAAAAAAGUCAGCGUAGUUCAUGAUGUUGAAAUAAAUUACUGUGCUCGACAUUCAUGUAAAGCUGAUGACUACUCGGCAAAGAGUAACAUUGGCUUGGCUGAUGCGGACCCUAACAAGAAUUCAGUUAUAACAUCUCAGUGUGAGCCACUCUCAGCGAAAGCAAGUAUUACAUUUUCAAGAGGUAAAAUCUCAGAAGACAGAGCAUCAUCUUUGUUAUCUGUGAAACAUUGUGAGGAUGAGCCUGCCCAGAGACGAGAUUCAAAGUCCCAUAAACCAGUGUCUGAAAAGCGGAGAAGUAUAUCACCUUUUCAGCGGCUUAGCUUCAGUAUGGGUAAGGCUAGCAAAACUAACAGUGAACGAGUUGAUGGUUCCAUCACCCAGCCUGAGUCAAUGGCUAACUCCACAAAGACCGUUUCACAAAACCCGGCUCUUCCAUCUGGCGUUGACAGCUUAGAUUGCAACAAAACCAGCGACAAAGAUACAACCACGACAAGCCAUUUGAGAAGGUUCCUAGAACCUCUACUGAAGCCAAGAGCAACUCACUCUGACAAUUCUGUGGAGGGGCCUAAAGGUCAAGGCGUUCAAAGAAUAAAAUUGGGUAUCAAAGGUUGCAGAUCAAUAAAUGUCAAUGAUUCAGCUCACGAGAAGAAGGUAGGAUCAUCCAUGGUUCGAGCUGUUCUGCGGGUAACAAUUAAGAACAAUCAGCCACUCUUUACAUUUGCAGUGAACAAAGAAACCGACAUUAUUGCGGCCACCCAAAAGAAAAUGGGAAGCUCGGAUGAGGGUGAAUGUACAAGUGUUUAUACUUUCUUCUCUAUUAAAGACCAUAAGAGAAAUAGCGCAUGGUUAAACCAAAGAAGCAGAGGCCAAACGCAUGGUAUCAUCUCUGAUGUUGUUGCUCAGAUGCUGGUUUCCAGCUCUUUCCGGUCUGGUUCCAUCAGAGAGUUCGUUCUCUUCUCCGUAGAACUUGACCAAGAGAGCACGGAAAAGUCUGACGUGCAGCUAAAAAACGAGCUUGCUGCAAUCAUCGUGAAGAUGCCAAGAUGGUUUAACAGAAGGGCAUCACGAGAUCACACUGAACUCAAUAAAGAGUUCGGAGAUCCAAUCAAAGACAGGGUAUUUGAUCAAGACAUUAGUGCUACGGUCAUACUUCAAAGCGGUGUUCAUAGUAUGCCUCAUAAAGGAGGCCCCUCGUCUUUGAUCCAGCGAUGGAGAACAGGUGGUUCUUGCGAUUGUGGAGGCUGGGAUAUGGGCUGCAAUCUCAGAAUUCUUACAAACCAGCACAACAACAACUCCUGCAAGAAUUCAACAACCUCAAACUCACCACCCCCUUCAAACCGAUUCGAGCUUUACUUUCUGGGAGAACAAGCAGAAGAACAUCCAUUCUUGAGCUAUAAACCAAUCAAGGAAGGGUUAUAUUCAGUUGUCUAUGAUUCGUCCCUUUCCCAACUACAAGCUUUCUCCAUAUGUAUGGCACUUGCAGAGAGUAGGAACACCCUUGAGCAAAAAAUCUCAUGUGAUGAACAUAAACCCAAAGCGGAACCCGUGUUAGUCCUGGACCGAGAUUCAAAGCCUAAUGGCAAUACCGUCGUGUAUGACGCCCCACUCUCCCCUGUUGGGCGGGUCUGAAGUUUAUAUUUUUACUUCAAACCCAAUAUUUUUUCUUCAGGUAUGUGAAAAAGGUUAAUGUUAAGCCUAGGGUAAGAAAGACAGUUGCAGGAAAUAAGAAAGCUGCAAGAUCUCUCUUUAUAUUAGCUAGUUUAAUGGUGUAGAAAUGAUCUUCCCAACUCUUUGAAGUGUGAAUAUUUAAAACAUCUUAUUCAUAUCUAUUAAAUAAUAGCAAUCCCAACUAAU